AUGAUUCGAAAUAUAAUUGGUCUUAUAUUAUCUAUUUUUGCUGCUGGUGCAUUGAUUUGGGCUUGUACUUUUGAUAUUGAACAUCUAAUGAUUGGUGAAUUAGUAACAGCUGCCGGUGGUAAAUUUAAAUUUUUAACAAUAAUAAAUCUAUAUAUUCAAGCAAUCUAUUAUUGUUUAUGUAUAAUUAAUUUCUUUCUUGGUUCAAAUACAUUUGUAGAAGAAAAACGUUCAUCAUUACAAAAACUACGUGAUUCUCUUUUUGCUGGCAUUGUUUUUCCACUGGGAUUGUUUGUAUGUAUUACAUUUUGGAGUUUAUAUCGUCUUGAUCGUAAAUUAAUCUAUCCAGAGGAAUUAGAUCAACUUAUUUCACCAAUUCUUAAUCAUGUUUUGCAUACAUUACCGGGUGUGGCUAUAUGCCUUGAAAAUCUUUUUCAUAAACAUCGUUAUCCAUCGCGAGUAUUAGGUCUUUCAUGUAAUGCAGCCGUAUGUGUUGUAUAUGUUGCAUGGAUUCAUUAUUUGAAUUACAUUCAUUGGAUUGAACUGAAAAGAAGUCUUUGGGUUUAUCCAAUAUUAAAUGAAUUGUCAUUUGUAUAUCGUGGACUAUUUUUACUUGGUUUGUCAUUAUUCAAUGUUGGAUUGUAUUUCAUCGGAGAAAUGUAUACAUUAUUUUUGACAAGUUUACAAAUUGAAAAAAUUAAACAAAACAAGAAGAUAUAUUAG